AUGGUGAGGAUCUCAAUUCUCAAACGGUUUCGGGAUGAUGACAGCUUUCUGCGCCCGCCAAAUCCAAAGAAGAAUUUGUUCCCUAGCACUCAAAACCCCCCUCGUAAUCACAGCCCCAAAUCCGAUCCCAACGUCAAUGGAUUCCGUUUCUCGUCCUUUUCCCCAUCAGCCGGCCUAUCCAUCAUCAACCCCUUGUCUUUUCCUUCGAUUCUUCUAUCCAAUACUAACUUCACCCAAGUUAGUGUGUUCCCAUUUUGCCAAUCAUCAUCAUUAUCCUUGUCUUCUCACAAUCUUGCCUUUACACGCUUUGGAAAGCCCUCACCAACUUAUAAUCGUCAACCGUCUCGUGGUGGCGGCGGCGGCCUCCAUAAGUUGAAAGCUGAUAAUGGGUAUGUUACAGGCGGAAUUGGGGGAAAACCCAAUGUUGCACAGAAACCGUUUGUUGAAAUGCCUGUGAAGCAGAAUAGUGUGAAAAAGAAUAAUAAUAAUCAAGUUGAUGAUGGUAAUACGAGGAAGGAAGGAGGAGGUCAGAAUGAUAUGAAGGUUAAUCGAGAAGGAAUUGGGAAUGUUUCUCAGAGAAUUGUUGUUGGUAAGAAGAUUGGUUCAGACGAUUUAAUUGAUGGAUGGCCUAAAUGGCUUGUUGAUAAUAUUCCAAGAGAAGUUUUGGCUAAUCUGGCAUCUAAAACCGCUGAUUCUUAUGAUAAGCUUGCUAAGAUAGGUCAUGGAACAUAUAGCAAUGUCUAUAAAGCUCGAGAUAGGGACACAGGAAAGAUAGUUGCUUUAAAGAAAGUUCGUUUUGACACAUCAGAGCCAGAAAGUGUCAAGUUUAUGGCAAGAGAAAUUAUCAUUUUACAGAAACUAGAUCAUCCAAAUAUUAUCAAACUUGAAGGUCUUGCAACAUCUAGAAUGCAAUAUAGUCUUUAUCUAGUCUUUGAGUACAUGCUAUCAGACUUAACCAGAGUUAUUUCUCGUCCAGAAGGAAGGUUAACAGAACCACAGGUGAAGUGCUAUAUGCAGCAGUUGCUCUGUGGUCUUGAACACUGUCACGAAAGAGGGAUUCUACACAGGGACAUUAAAGGAUCAAACUUGUUGAUAGACAAAAAUGGGAAGCUAAAAAUAGCGGAUUUUGGGCUUGCAAAUUACUACAAUCCAAAGCAGAAAAAACCUCUGACAAGCCGAGUUGUGACACUUUGGUAUAGAGCUCCAGAAUUGCUGUUAGGCACUACAGAUUAUGGAGUUGGAAUUGAUCUUUGGAGCACUGGAUGCCUAUUGGCUGAAAUGUUUGUUGGUAGGCCCAUUAUGCCAGGAAGAACAGAGGUUGAGCAGCUUCACCGGAUCUUUAAGCUUUGUGGGUCCCCUCAUGAAGACUACUGGAAAAAAAUCAAGCCACCAACAACCUUCAGACCACCACAAAACUAUGUUCCAAGUUUUCAAGAAGCUUUCACAAAUUUUCCCUCUUCUUCUUUUGGCCUCUUGACCACACUUCUGGCUUUGGACCCCGAAUCCCGUGGAACUUCCACUUCCGCCCUCCAAGACAAUUUUUUCUCUUCAAGUCCAUUAGCAUGCGACCUCUCGGGUUUGCCUGUUGUAAACAAAGACGAGGAUGUCCCGAUGCAAUUCCAUGAUGGAAAGAAAAGGAAUAGAACUUUAAAAACCAAGCAACGAACGAGGAUAGCUCAGAAGGGUCACGCAAGAAACGUUUCCAUUUCUGAACUCUCGACCGAAUAUUCCGAAUCAUCUAAAGAGCAGGAGAAACAUGUCGACAAGAACUCGGUAACCCAAGAACAAGAAACGGGUCAAAGCACAAGUAGCAACACAUCAAGCAAGAGAACAAACUUAACAAUGGAACCCUCCCCACCAUUUACUUUAGCAUUCGAUUCAAAUCCACCCAAUAAUAAUCGGGCAGCAAGAACCGAAGCUCACCCAAAUGCUUUAAAAAAUAUUAAAAACUUCCCCCUUCUACUUGCAUCCAUCACACAAACCGUUAAUAAUAUGGAAGAGAAUCGAAAUGGUCUCAAUCGUCGAUCCAUGUCUAAUGUCGAUUUUCGACAUUUGGAUAUUGAGAAGAUAUCAAAGCUUUUUAAUUUAGAUGAUCAUUAGGGUUUUUUGUGGGAUAAUUCUUUUCUAUUUUUUCUGUUGUGGUACUUUAUACUAUAUGUUUUUCUUGGGUUUGUUUUAUAUAAAUGAACUAUAAAACCAAUAAAACCAAAUCAUUGUUCAUGU